GCAGAAGGGGGCGCUGUUUUUGUGGAGCAGGUCUGAGCGCGCACUGACACUCUCCUCGCCCAUGUGCCAGUCCUGCUGCUCCUGCUCUCAUCGCCUUUGUUUGGAAACCUCGACGAUUUGGAAACAUGGAGGAGUCACUGAGGGCACCUCCGGACACGCCACAGCAGCGCAUGCGUAAAAGGAGGGAAACGUUCCAUUGCAAAGACUGUGGGAAAUUUUUCACCCGCGCGUGGGCUCUGGUGCAGCACCUGUGCACCCACCCGGGGGAGAAAUCCUUCAGAUGUGACCUGUGCGGGAGCAGCUUUAACUCCAAGGGAAAUUUGCAAAAACAUCAACACAUGAAACACAAAUGUAAAGGUGGAAAAAGUAAACAAAUGGACACGUCAAAUGGACUUGAGAAAACUGAAGUCGCCAACAACAAGCCAAAAAGUAAGCAAGAUGAAAAGGCAGCUGAUUGGAUUUUGAAUGAACCAGAACAAAGCCAAAAAGAAGCAUCUAACAACAACACUGCAAAGGAGACUGAAGGAGCAGACAAACUGGAACCGCGGAGAAAAGACUCAGCUAAAAAAGACUCAGCUAAUAAUAAUCUUAGUUGCGCUUGUUGCAAAUGUGGGAGGAGGUUUUCAAAUAAGACCCGGCUCAUGACUCAUCUGCGUUUUCAUGAAGGCAAACAGAUCCAUCGAUGUCUGUAUUGUGGAAACGAGUUCACGAGCCAGAGCCAAUUAAAAAUACACGAAAGGAUGCAUACAGGAGAGAAGCCGUACAAGUGCGAUCAUUGUCCAAAACUGUUUUAUAUACUGGCUAAACUGAUCACUCAUACACGCAAGUUCCACAAGGACUUGUCACGUGCUUCAAAAUCACAGUACCAGUGUUUUUCAUGUUAUGAGUGCAAAGAGGAGUUUUCUACCAAGAGACAGCUGAUCGAGCACCACUCCAUAAACCAUAAGAAGGAACGCUACCAGUGUAAAUAUUGCAAGCAGAAGUUUCUCUAUAAACGAUUUCUCACAGAACACGAAAGAACCCACAAACAGGAUGGCGAUAUACCCAUUGAGGAUCCUUCAGAACCAAGUGAAACGCCUGAUCAAACGACUCAAGUCCCAAACUCUAAUCCCAAACGUCGCACUUGUGAAAAUUGCGGAGAAAGUUUUCGGAAUAAGACAGAAAUACAAAUACACCAGUUGACACAUAUUGGGAAGGAGCCAUUCAAAUGUAAAUACUGUGCGAUGGAUUUCUGCAGUGAGACUGUUCUGAUAUUGCAUGAAAGGAGUCACACGGGAGAACAGCCGUACAAAUGCGACUACUGCGGCAGGUGGUUCGGAAUUUUGGGAAAUUUGUACGGACACAUUCGCACACAGCAUCCAGACAAAGAGCUUCCCGAAAAAGAGCGGUUUGAUUCAAUGAAGCUGCCCUAUCUCCAGUCCCAUUCUCAGUCUGCUCCCAAGUGUCCUAGCGACCCCUCUUCUCUACCUCCUCCACAGGCUUCUAGCAAGUCCUCUCCUCAACCUGUUACCAUUCCCUCCUCUCGUUCUUCUCUUCAACCUCCUCCCAUAACUAUACCCAAGACCACUUCUCAUUUCUCUCCUCAACCUUCGCCCAUAACUUUACCCAAGCCGACCUCUCAUUCCUCUCCUCAACCUUCUCCCAUCACUGUACCCACCCCCACCUCUCAGUCCUCCCCUCAACCUUCUCCCAAGCCUCCUUUUCCACCUCCUCCACAGUCUCCUCCCAACCCCUCUUCUCGCCUCCCUCUUCUUCCUCCUGUCCCUCAUGUGCUGCAAAUCAAUUUAGAGUUUGAAAAACCAUACAUCUGUGAAUACUGCAGUAAGGGAUUCAAAACAAAACACCAUCUCAUAGAGCACAGGUACAUUCACAUCGGGAAACCGUUUAGUUGUGCAGUUUGUGGAAUGGGUUUUGUUAGGAAAAAGAAACUAGAGUACCACCAAAAAUCUCAUACUGGUAGAGACCUGUUCUCAUGUGGAGAAUGUGGCUACAAAUUUGGCUCUUUGCAGAAGCUGAAGACGCAUAAAUUAAAAAAACACCCAGACAAAGCACACAUCAGUAAUGACAAGUACAAAUGUAAAUAUUGUGAUGAAACCUAUUCUCACUACUGCAAUCUGGUGAAACAUAUGAAAGAGCAUAAUGAAAAGAGGAGCCAACACGUAUUGUGCCAACGUGAUAAAGACAAAGAGAAGACUGCAGAAGAAGCUGGCCCAACACCUGGACCAUUUGAGAAAUCAAGUAACUCCAAGUAUUCGAGGGCAGAGAAGAAGCUUACCUGUCGAGACUGUGGGGCUGUGGUCAAGUUGGGCUUUACAACUUUGUCCAAUGUUUUUGCAGUGACCAAAGUUUCAAAUGUGAAAUGCUUUUUGAACAAUCACAAAAUGAUCUGACAAGACCACUACCUCUGUAAUGUGUUUCAUGACUACUGAAAGUGCCUAUUUUUUUUUAUACUAUAUGUAUUGUAGAUUCAUUGCAAAUUGAUGUGCCCACUGUUUUCUCCUUGUUUUAAAAUGAAUGUCAAUGUCUCAAAUAUGGGCAAUUAUAGUGAUUUUAUAAAAAUAUAUUCCAAGGCAUAAAAAACAAAUGCGAGUCAUUUUA